AUGGUUGAUACGAAUUCAAAUGUCAUGAAGAGUAUGAUUAAGGAAUUGAAAUCUAAAGACGAUGAUGCUUUCAACAAAUCAGCCGAGAGUAUUGAAGUACAAGAAGGAUUGAAAUGUUUAGAGAUGAUUCUCAAUCCGAUUGUCCAUUCUGAUUUGAGUUUCUCACAGAAAAUGGAAUAUUUCGACAUGAUCAGAAGUGAAAUUCUGAAACAAUCUGCAAGAAAGGCUCAUAACUUGUUCCUCUUCGAGGAAUCUUGGCUUAAUCGUGAUUUCAAUAUCAACAUUGAUGAAACCAUGUUCCAACAACUUAAAUCAAAGCUCAAGUAUUACACGAUUCAUGAAGCUUAUUAUAUUGGUUUUACAGAAUACAUUCAGGAGGAAAGAUUUUUUGCAACUGCUGUAUUUGAAUUGGCAAAUGGGAAAUUAACUGAAAUUUCAUUGAAACAUGAAAUGCUUUAUGCCUUUACAGAAGAGGAAAGGGAUACCAUUUCCCUUGAAAUAGAUGGUCAAGAAGAAGAUUCCACUAUUCCUCAACUGAUUGAGAAUAUUUUAGGAAUUGACUUGGAAAAGGUUGAUGAUGAAAUGGAAAUCAUUCAAAACUUUUGCAAAUGUCUUUUGAAACUCGUUGGAAAAUGUCACAGAAUUAACAUUACCGAAAGUACAGAAAUGACAUUCACACUCAAGUAUUUCCCAAAACCAAUCAAGGAAGCUGUUGAACAACUUUCAGACCUUUAA